AUGGUUGAUCAAAUUGAAAUGGCUUUAGAUGACAUCAUAAAAGCUAACAAAAAGGCACCCAGGGGCGGCGGCGCUGGACGUAAAUUCAGUACAGCAAGAAAACCUGCUGGUGGUCGUGGUGGAGCUGGAGGAGGAUUUAGAAAUGGCCGCACGGGGGGCGUUUUGCGCGGUAGAAACCGUGGCGGUAUAUCUAAAUCAACAAAUUACUCAAGGGGCGAUGUUAACAGCGCAUGGAAACAUGACAUGUUCAAUGACUUUGGUGAACGGAAGAUUCAAAGAAACACCAUGCCAUCUAUCACAACUGGCCCCACAAAAUUAUUAGUAUCCAACUUAGACUUUGGAGUCUCUGAUUCUGACAUACAAGAGCUGUUCUCAGAAUUUGGAAUUCUGAAAAGUGCAGCUGUACAUUAUGAUAGAUCUGGAAGAUCUUUAGGUACUGCGGAUGUUGUGUUCGAGAGGAAAGCUGAUGCAUUAAAGGCAAUGAAGCAAUAUAAUGGAGUGCCAUUAGAUGGAAGAGCAAUGAAUAUUCAAUUAGCUACUUCGGAGAUAAGCAACUUUAGAAACGAAGAAAGAAAUCGAAUUGGUGGCGGCGGAGGCAACACUGGCGGCAAUGGACCAGUCAGGAGAAAUAUGAACAGAGGUGGACCAAACCGAAAUCAAGGUGGAGGUGGAUCCCGUGGUAAUGCUCGCCGUCCUGGCCGUGGAGGAGCUGGAGCAGGCCGCGGAAAACGUCCUGUACCAACUGCAGAACAGUUAGAUGCUGAACUUGAUGCUUAUGUUAAAGAAAUUAAGUGA